UGAAUGCUGAUUUAGCCCCGCAGUAGUUGCCCAUCCUUCCGCUUAACCCUCCUCCACAAGAAACACACUCAAUUCAUAUCACAUUCAUUUUUAAACAAGUGGAUAAUACCCUCUUCAAACCCACUCUCCAUUUUCAACCAUUUUCCUUCUUAAACCUAACCCUAUUUUCUCUCCUAACAAAACUAUAACACCACCAAACUCUCAACCUAAUCAAAUAAAACCCUUCAAAACAAACUUCAUAUUUCUCUCUUUCAUCUCUCUCAAAAAUAUAUUUCAAUCUUCUUCAUGGACUAUUGCAUAAGAGAAUUAGAAGGAAAACAAGCUCAUGAUCCUCUAUUCAUGAAAAAAAUGAACAACCAUAAAUCGCCAUCGUCCCCGUCCUCGACCGAUCCUCAUCGUCGCGUGUUUGUUAACGGACCUGUGAUUGUAGGAGCAGGACCAUCAGGUUUAGCAGCAGCGGCAUGUCUCAAACAAAAAAACAUUCCAUCCAUAAUUCUCGAAAGAUCCAACUGCAUAGCUUCAUUAUGGCAACUCAAAACCUACGAUCGGUUACGUCUCCACCUGCCAAAACAAUUCUGCGAACUACCCUUCAUGGAAUUUCCAUCGAAUUUCCCAACAUACCCUUCAAAGCAACAGUUCAUUAAGUACCUGGAGAAUUACGCGGAAACGUUCCAUAUUCGUCCGAAAUUCAAUGAGACAGUGAAAAAUGCCGAAUUCGAUAGUAAAAUCGGUUGCUGGAAGUUGAAGUGUCAAAGUAGUUUUAAAGGCGAUGUUACGACGGAGUAUGUUUGUCGGUGGUUGAUCGUCGCGACCGGAGAGAAUGCCGAGGCUGUUGUGCCUGAUAUUGAAGGUGCAGAUGAAUUUGAAGGAGUUAUAAGACAUACAAGUUUGUAUAAAAGUGGUGAAGAGUUUAGAGGGAAGAGAGUUUUGGUUGUUGGGUGUGGAAAUUCUGGUAUGGAAGUUUGUUUGGAUCUUUGUAACCAUGAUGCUACUCCUUCUCUGGUCGUUAGAGAUUCAGUACACGUUCUACCACGAGAGAUGCUAGGAAAAUCAACUUUUGGGUUGUCCAUGUGGUUACUAAAGUGGUUUCCAUUGAGACUUGUCGAUCGUUUCUUGCUGUUAGUGUCAUGGCUUUUGCUUGGUGACACUUCUCAACUUGGUUUGGAUCGUCCUACUUUGGGUCCCCUUCAACUCAAAAACCUCACGGGAAAAACUCCUGUCCUAGAUGUGGGUACCCUUGCCAAGAUUAAAGCUGGACACAUUAAGGUAAGGCCAAGCAUAAAGAAGUUAAAACGUCAUACAGUGGAAUUUGUAGAUGGAAGAUCAGAGAAUUUUGAUGGCAUCAUAUUGGCAACUGGUUACAAAAGCAAUGUACCCUAUUGGCUCAAGGAAGAGGAUAUGUUUUCUAUGAAAGAUGGAUUCCCUAUGAAGCCAUUUCCCAAUGGAUGGAAAGGUAAAAAUGGACUCUAUGCAAUAGGUUUUACAAAAAGAGGACUAUUAGGUGCAUCAAUGGAUGCAAAAAGAAUAGCUAAUGACAUUGAACAAUGUUUAAAAGCUGAGGCAAAACAUGGAUCAUAAAAACAUUAUAUAUAGAGCAAUUUUUAAUUGCUCUCUCAAUUUUGAGAUACAAAAGUUUGGUAAUUUUGGCCAAGUGAGAGACAAAAAAGAGAAGGGAUUGAUCAUAAUAAUCAUUGGUGUUUUGUCUUUGAGUGAUUCAAAGACAUUCAUUCGUUCAUUCAUUCAUUUAUUCGUCGAGGAAUAUCUUGAAUUGAAAGAUGGUUCGGUACAUAAAUGAAUGAAAAGUGAGAUAUUUUUGGAGAUGAUACAAACUUUGCUAUAAAACAUGUGCGUGUACAAUGGCAUUGUACCGAAUUGGUUCGAAAAUUUCAAAUUCAUGCAUGGAAGAGAAGUCGGCAAAAAGCAAGAGUACAAUUCGUAGUUCGGGAUUGAUCAAAAGAUAUUGAAGAAAUGAACAAAGUUGGUGAUUUUUUUUUCUUAGUGAAGGGCCUUACCGAAUUUGUAUUUCUUGCAAAAGGAUCGCACAUUCAAGCAUUUGCUCUAAAAAAAAAAAUAGAUGUCAUUUUUAUUUUAUAAUCAUAUGAUCUUAAUAGAAUCAUCUCUGAUAUAUGAUAAUCCUAGAGAUUAGUCGGUUAAUAAAGACUUUAGUUUUGAGAGUGUGUUUAUCUCAAAGUAUUAAGUUUCAAAUUGUAUUAAAUACUAACAAUUUAUGUAUUGGGACAGUUCAUAUAGAAUUUUGGUUUAAAUGAGGUUUUUGGAUGAC